AUGAGCCACCGCCGCCGUCGACGACUCUCGUUGUCAUCGCCGGAAUUGGUGAAUCCACUGGAUGAUGAUGACCUCCUCCACGAGAUCAUGUUGCGCCUCCCGCCGCAGCCCCCCUACCUCUUGCGUGCAUCCAUCGUCUCCAAGCGCUGGCGCCGCCUCGCCACCGACCGCAAGUUCCUCCACCGCUUCCGCAUCCACCACCGGAAGCCUCCCAUCCUCGGUGAUUUCUCGUAUCAACGCGGAAAAUUCUUGUUCAGAUCCUACCUCGAUCCACCCUACCGCAUCCCUCCCGAGCGCUUCUCCCUACAACCCAGCGGCAGCAAGCAAUGGACUUGCCUCGACUGCCGCCAUGGAUUCCUACUCUUUGAUGACAUGAUAUCGAGUCAGGUAAUUGUGUGGGACCCCAUCACAGAUGACCUCCACAUCAUUCCAUAUCCGCUGCGGUUCCACGAAUCUAGGAUUGUGCUAAUCCAGAGUGGGGCGGUGCUCUGUGCUGCUGCCGACCAGGGCCAUGUUCAUGGCGCCUGCCACUCGAGCCCUUUCAAAGUGGUUGUGCUGAGCAGCUACCCGCACAAAGAUGAAGCCGCCAAUGAAAUUAUCACCUUCGCAAGCGUUUACUCUUCAGACACUGUUGGCAUAUGGAGUGAUCUCGUAUCAACAACACUUCCGUGGAGCGCUAUAAUGUUUCCAAUUCGCAGCACACUUGUCGGUAACACCCUUCACUGGCUGCUUGCGAUGAAUACCACUGGCAUACUUGAGUUUGAUUUGGAUACACAGAGGCUCGCUGUGACCAAGAGGCCUCUUGGUGCUCCUCCUUGCGAUGAUAGUGUUGAGAUCAUCCAGUCAGAGGAUGGCGGUGUUGGCUUCGCUGCAUUGUCUGGCCCUCGCUACCGCCCAUGUUUGCAAAUAUGGGACAGGAAGGUCGAUCCUCAUGGAGUUAUCACAUGGGUGUUGCGGAAGACUCUUGAACUGCAGAAGAUUCUUGGAUUGGAGUCUAGGAUUGAGAAUAACAAAUUAUCUAUGCUGCACUAUUCGGAUGAUGUUCAUGCCAUCUUUUUGCGGGUGCAGUCAUCUGUCUACAUGGUUCAGCUUGAAUCUAUGCAGUCUAAGGAACUUAUCAGCUAUGGCGUGAGCAGGGUGAAGGAGUCCAGUCCUUUGCGCAUGGGCGUCGGGGUCAGCUGCCUGGCCUUGCGUCACCACUCAUCAAGGGAGGCGGCGUCGUCGUCGGGCGGCUGGCAAGUCAUGCGUAGACGAGCCAGCACCUCAUGCCAGACCUAUCGUGAGAAAGGAUAG